UGAAUACGACUGUAUCUUAAUCUCAAAUAAUCAAACCAAAUUCUCACUUUGAAUGCUGGUGGGGAAUUUGUUCGACUUGGUUAGUAAUGUUAUGUUCAUAAUUGAACAUUAUCAUAGCGUCUGAUGACAAUUCAAAGUUUCAGCAAUUUUUGCUGUUGGCGGAAAUAACCUCUACACUUCUAUAAAUUCAGUUAUUUUGAUUAGUCGUUAGGAUUUUUCGCGUAGUUACGACUGAAAAGGAAGUUUAUUAAUUAGUGUUUUAGUCCUGUUAACGUUGUACAUUGUGGACCGAUCAGUUGUCUUCACGCUUUCAGAGAAGAUAUUUAAAUGAAUUUAUAAAGAAGCAAAUAAUGGUAAUGAGAUUUAUUACACAUUUUCUGGCUCAAAUCGGACCGCAGUCUGAAUAUACUUGGACUCGUCUGAUUUACAGUGCACUUAAGGCUCCUACAUAUCAUCUGUAUUUUGAAUUGUUACUAAUUAUCGGUAUAAUAUGGCUGCUGUUUAAACGCAGUUAUCGUAUUAAUGACGUAAUUAAUCUAAGUAUAGAAGAAAAAAAUCAAUUAAUUAGUGAAUGGAAACCUGACAGUUUAGUUCCGAAAGAUUGGGAACCAUCAAAAUACCUGUUAAAACAAUUCCACCGAUGUGCAUAUGGUCCUCUUAGCAAAUAUGUCAAUUUCAAUUCGGCAGUGGAAGAGUGUAAAGCUACUGACAUCAAUGGUAGUAAAAGUCAUCUUAAUUUUGCGACAUUAAAUUUUUUAAAUUUUGUUGGAGAUUCGGAUUUGUCGAAUGUUGCUAUUGAACAUUUGAAAAAAUAUGGUGUUGGGUCGUGUGGACCAAGAGGAUUUUAUGGUACUUUUGAUGUUCAUCUUGAAUUGGAAAAUAAGUUGGCUGAAUUCCUAGGUGUUGAAAAAGCAGUAAUCUACUCUUAUGGAGCGGCUACAUUUUCUAGUGCUAUCCCGUCCUAUUCUAAACGGACUGAUGUGAUAUUUGCUGAUGAACGUAUCAGUCAUGCUACGUAUCUAGGAUUAGUCGCAUCUCGAAGUCAUGUUCGAUUUUUUCGUCACAAUAAUAUGGAGCAUUUAGAACAGUUACUAAUAGCACAGGAAAAAAGAGAUAAAGAAGAACCUAAGCGUGCAUUGCUUACUCGCCGAUUUUUUGUUGUUGAAGGCAUUUAUUUCAAUUCUGGAGAGAUUUGUCCCUUAUCAGAGCUUGUUGCUCUAAAGUAUAAAUACAAAGUUCGCAUAUUGUUAGAUGAGACUAUUUCUUUUGGAGUAUUGGGUAAAACUGGUAGGGGUGUAACGGAAUAUUAUGGUGUUAAUGUUGAAGACAUUGACUUAAUUUCAGGUUCGUUGGAAACUGCUUUAGGGGUAUGCGGAGGAUUUUGUGCUGGAUCACAGUACGUUGUUGGUCAUCAAGAGCUCUCAGGACAAGCAUAUUGUUUUUCAGCCUCACUACCACCAAUGUUAGCUACAGCUGCAUGUACAGCAUUGUCUAUACUACAAGCCUCUAGGGAAAAUGGUAAACGUAACCAGCGGUUAUUGGAACUCGCACGGUUAACUGACAAUUUGUUUCAUUCUAACAGCAAGUUAACUAGUAUUUGGAAACUAUAUGGUCAUCCGGAUAGUCCGCUGAAACACUUGAGAUUUAGAGAAAACAAUACUAUAGCUAAACUUGAAGCUGUUGUUCAAAGUGCUUUUGAUUGGACUGAUGACAAAGACUCAAAAGCACCUCCUUUAUUGUUGACCGUUUCGAGAUAUACAUAUGGUAAGAAUUUCCCUGCUCCGCCUCCAAGUAUUCGGAUUGCAUUGAAUUGUGAUUUAACUGAUGACGAAUUGCGCCAUCUAUUCCGUGUGCUUUCAUCAAUAGUUGCUGCGUAAAUUGGACAGUUGCUGAUGAAAUUUACACUUUUGAAUAUUGGCUGUGAAAUAUCAGAAGAACGUGAUAUCUAUCACUAUAAUCUUGAAGAAAUUAUCUCAAUAAUAUACUAAACUUUUCUGUAAAUGCCUUUCUUCUAGUAAUAAAUAGGUUUGUAACUAAAAUAUUCUUAGAUUUCAG